GAAGGAGAUGUUGAAGAAAAGUUGAAUAAGUCGAAAGAAGAGGGAUUAGACGAGUUAAAAAAAAGGGAAGCGCUGAAUGACAAGUUGGAGAAAGAAAGUGGUGAGUUGAAGAAAGAAAAGGAAGAUGAAACCAGAAACAAAAAAAAAAGUGAAGAAAAUAUUAAUAAUGCUAUUCAACAUAUUCAACAGUUGAAUAAUUGGAAUGUAGAAAACAAUCACUCUGAAAAUACAUGGGAUAAACAACGUAUGAUUAAUUGGGUACAAACACGAACCC